ACAUUUUCCAUUUAGAAAUUGUAGCUGGACACUAACUGAGAUAAAAGUGAAGCAAUUCCAUUUUGUUCCUUAUGUUUAAUAUUGUCUAAUUAAAAAACAACGAAAGGUCAAAUGGAACUACAUAAAUGGUUAGUCUUGCUUUGAGAUUUACUCAUAAUUAUCUAACUGCAGCUUCCUAAUCCUUGCUACUUAAGCUAAUCAUCAUUUUUAACUACUAACAUAUCCUAAUAAUAUAUGAAAGAGUAACACAUUUACAUAUAUAGUUUGCAGUCCCCUCCAUUUAGGCACUAUUAUUUCAGCUAACAUUGCACUUUAAAGAUGGAUGUUUCAAAUGUUAAUAAGUUGCUGGUGAAGAGAGCACCAUCCAAAACUUUGGUGGUCCGAUUCAAUUUGUUCUGUUUUGCCAUCUUUCUGAUUGUUUAUGCAACCCUUCUUCUCCGUCUGCCUUCUUCGGUCUAUUUUGAUAGUGCAGCCUCACUUGUUGGAUGCUCUUUGAGAGAAUGCCAUCACAAGGCAGAAAAAGGCAUACAAAUUAAAGGGGUGUUAGAGGAAUUACCAAAACCAAAAUCAUGGAAGCCAAAGGCAAACGGAACUAAGAUAGAAGUACCAAAUUUUUUAGGCGAAAAAAUUGGUAAAGAAAUGAAAAUUGGAAUGGUAAACAUGAACGAAGACGACGACAUAAGUGAAUGGAACAUACAUGGAGAAAUAAUACCAAUUAAUUUCGAUAAAGUAUCACAAUUUUUCAACUGGAAAGAUUUAUUUCCCGAAUGGAUCGACGAAGAAGAAGAAAGCGAAGUUCCAACAUGUCCUGAAUUACCAAUGCCAGAAUUUGCAACAUACGAAAACAUGGACAUAAUAGUUGCAAAGUUACCAUGCAAGUAUCCAGAAGAAGGAUGGGCUAGGGAAGUUUUAAGGUUACAAGUUCAUCUUAUGGUAGCAAAUAUGGUUGUGAAGAAAGGGAAGAAAGAUUGGAAACGGAAGAGUAGAGUUAUUUUUUGGAGUAAAUGUAGACCAAUGUUGGAGAUUUUUAGAUGUGAUGACUUGGUUAAUCAUGAAGGUGAUUGGUGGUUUUUUGAGGUUGAUGUAAAGAGAUUGGAACAGAAAGUUUCUUUGCCUGUUGGGUCAUGUAAUUUAGCUUUGCCUAUAUGGGAACAAGGGAUAGACAAAAUGGAACAAAAUGUAAGAAGCAAAACAAGAGCAAAACAUGAAGCCUAUGCAACAAUCCUACACUCUUCAGAAAGAUAUGUUUGUGGAGCAAUAACACUUGCACAAAGCCUCCUAAAAACAGGAACCAAACGUGACCUUAUACUUCUCAUUGACAGCUCCAUAUCCGUCCGCAAACGUCAUGCCUUGAAAGGGGCCGGUUGGAAGAUUCGAACCAUCACUCGGAUUGGAAACCCGAGAGGAAAGAAUGGAACCUACAAUAAGUAUAAUUAUACCAAGAUUCGUUUGUGGCAACUUUCUGAUUAUGAGAAAAUCAUCUUUAUAGACUCUGAUAUUUUGGUGCUGAGGAAUCUUGAUAUUCUCUUCAAUUUUCCUCAAAUGUCUGCUACUGGUAAUGCUCGAUCCAUUUUCAACGCUGGGAUGAUGGUUAUCGAGCCCUCUGAUUGCACCUUCAGUGUGCUCAUGAACCUGCGCCACGACAUCGUAUCAUACAACGGAGGUGAUCAAGGGUUUCUAAAUGAGAUAUUUGUGUGGUGGCAUAGGCUUCCAAAUCGGGUAAACUAUUUAAAGAAUUUUUGGGCCAACACAACAGUAGAAGCAAGUGUGAAAAAUGGCUUAUUUAGUGCUGACCCUCCAAAACUAUAUGCUAUUCACUACCUUGGUUUGAAACCUUGGCAUUGCUAUAGAGACUAUGAUUGCAAUUGGGAUGUGGUGGACCAAAGGGUUUAUGCAAGUGAUGUGGCGCACCAACGUUGGUGGAAUUUUCAUGAUAGAAUGGACAAGAAUUUACAAAGUUUUUGUAGGUUGACAAGACAACGUAGGACUGAGUUGAAUUGGGAAAGGAGAAGAUCUAGUAACAUGGGAUCACUUGAUUAUCAAUGGAAGGUUAAAGUCAUUGAUCCUAGAAAUUCUGACUCUCAUUUGAUGGAUUAAAUGUUUAUACAACAACAUUUUUUUUCUUCUUCUUUUGCUUUAUUUGUUUCUCGUUUUCCUUAAUUUCCUUAUAUGUUAUGCCUUUCAUAUGAUAUAGAGACAUUCAUGUGAAGAGCUUUUCAUGUAGAUUAUUUAUCUUUGAAUAGUUGAACUUUGAU